UUAUUUAAACAAUUAGUUAAAACAGAUAUUUGUUUGAUUGUUUGGCCACCAAUUGGUCUCUUUUAAAAAAAAAACAAUGUCAUCGUCAGCAUCGGACGGCUCGGAAUCAGAUGGCGAACCUAUAGUAACGUUGGCCGCCGGCCGCGUCCGACGGCCCAAAGCGGGUGCAAACAUGUCGCGGCUGUUGGACAGCGAAGAAGCCGUCGACGACUUUUAUAAGACAACUUACGGCGGUUUCGAAGAGGAGGUCGAAGAUAACGACUAUACAAGCGAUGGCAGCGAUUCGCACGACGAGAUCGAUUCAGACUUUUCUAUCGAUGAAAAUGACGAACCAGUUAGCGAUGGCGACGACGAAGACAAUCGUAAGCGAAGACGAUCUAAGCCAGCAAAACGCGGCGCUUAUAGAGAACCGAAACCGGCGGCGGCAGCGGCGCCGGUGAUCAAGAAGCCGACGCCGAUAGUUAAGGUUAAGACUGAAACGCCGGCCGCUGAAGCCAGUAGUAGUCGCAGAUCGAUGGCCACAGUAUCGGGAACGUCGCCAACGAAGAAUCGCUUAACGCCGAAAAAAUCGUUUCGCGAAUCGACACGUCGUAACGCCCGGGAAACUGAACAACGAUUACGAAUUGCCCGAAAAGAGACGGAAAUGCGACGUAAGGCCGGAGUGAAUAAGGUUCCCGAAUAUCGACAGUUAACUCAACAGGAAAUGUUUCGCGAGGCCAAGAAAACGGAACAAUUGAAUCUGAAAUCAUUGGAAAGAUAUCGUAAACUUGAAUUGGAAAAAUCAAAAAAGAUUAAGUUGGUUAAGGAGGCGCCCAAAGGACCGAUGAUUAGAUACCAAUCGGUAACGAUGCCGCUCAUCGAAGUUAUUAGUUCCGAGACGUUCGACAAAAAUAGCGACAACAACGAUAUGGACGUCGACAACGAUACCAAUGAUACUACCGAUAAUAGUAUGGCUGCUGCUGUGGUGGCUGCUGAUGACGAUAACGGUGGUAUUGUCGGCGAUGAUGAUGAUGAUGAUAGUCAAGUGUCAACAACAAUCAAUGGUGACAAACAACAACAGAAAACAUUGACACCCGAACCAGUCGUUGUUGUCGACACCGAUGCCAAAUGUUCGCGAACUUUCAUCUCAUUUACCGACGACAAAACCUACGCGGAUUACUUUUCCGGUCAUCGUCGUCGGCCACCGCAAGUCAAGCCGAAACUCUACUGUCCGAUUAGUCAUCUGCCCGGCCGAUACUUUGAUCCGGUCACACUGUUACCGUAUUCGUCGGCCGCAACGUUUCGGGCAAUACGCGAAGCCUACUAUAAACAAUUGGAACAACUGGGCGAUCAGCGGCAGCCCGAAGUAGCCAAAUGGAUACAAUGGCGCAAACGUACGGCCGCUCAGCGUAACAAUAUUCAGCCCCGAAUUAUUAGGAUUAUUAAAUAA